AUGGGAACAAUAGAAGGCACAACUGUGGAUUUUGAUCCUAACCCACUUCAAUGCCCCACUAAAACCAUUCUUGUAGGGAAUGAGGACGCUACUGCCGGUGUAUUACCGCGCACAAGCCGGCACAUUGACUUUACUGACGACGGUAAACUAUUCGAGGGUCAUUUUACACUCCAAGCUAGCAGUCUCAAAUCAAUCAUUCAAGUUCUUGCAGACCAGCAAGCGGAGCAGCGGGUAAUCAUCAACGACCUACAGGAUCAGGUGAAUAAUCUUCGGCAACAAACAUCGAAAAUGCGUAAGUCGGUACCCACACUGCAGCUUCCUGCCUCAGUAGGGGGGAGCGCUAAGUCAUUUUCCAAGGAAUAUGAAUCCCUUGAACAACGGGUAAAGUCGUUGGAAGGGUUCAGAUCACUAUGGGGGGCCCGCACUGAGGAUGUGGAUGGACUGAUAAGUAUAUACGGGGAUCCCGUUGUUACUCCUGACGAGUACACCACUUACAUUAUGAACCUCCAACCCUUUCGUGUGGUACGAAGUGAAGCGCGUCACUUUGUUACUUCUCAGGCGGAGCAGCAGAAACAGGCCGUUCGUACUGUGGGCGGUGAAAGAAAUGAGAGAACACGCGGUGCGCGAAGUGCUCGCCUUGCUGAUCCUGGGGAUGCGGCUGAUGAUGGUUCGCGGACUCCGCGUGAAGGCGGGUCUCGCGCUCCUCGUGAUGGGAGUCAGUCUGGUCGUGAUGACUCACGUGGGUCUCGCCGGUUCCGCAAACGCCAGUCCGCUGAUGAUGACUCCAAGCCCGCUCGUGAAGAUGAUUCCGGUGCUCCUCGCGAUGAUAGCCAGUCUGGUCGUGAUGGCUCGCGUGGACCUCGAUCGGCUCGUAAUCGGCAGGCUCAUGAUGCUGAGAGGAAGUCUUCCCGCGAUGACGACUCUCGUACAGUUCGUGAUGACAAUAAUUUUGCUAACGAUGACAAUCGUUCUGGCCGUGAUGAAACCCGAGGGCGUCGGCGGGUUCGCGAACCCCAGUCUAAUGACGAUGGCACCCGGUCUCCAAUCGAAGAGUCCCAUGCCAACCGCGACGACACCCGGCCUGGCCGUGACGAUUCGCGCGGGUCCCGGCGGCAGCGCAACCGUCAGUCGCACGAGGACGACCUCAAGUCCUUCCAUGAGGAGGAUGCUCGAACCCACCGUGGCGGGCCCCGUGGGGCUCGCGACCGCGUCACUUAUGGUGAGCAUCUGGAUUCUCGUGACGGGCUGCGGCAGGACAAUAUUGGGGAUGGGGACACGAUAUCCGACUUGUCUAAGCGCCUCCAGUUGCUAGAGCAGAGGGUUCGGUCCGUACACGGCGGCCACAAAAAUAAUGCUCAGGGAUCAGCAUCUGAGCAACUGUCGCCAACUUCUGAUGCCACCGGCGCAAAGGAUUUACAGGCACGAGAGGACAUUGAGGAGUUGAGUCGGUUCGUAGCAAAGCGCUUCAAGGAACUCGAGCGUUCUAUUGCGAAGGUUCAAGGUGGAGACUUAAAUGUCACAGCACCCAAAGCCGGUAUGGGUGCAAGGAAAUCUGAAACCCCUCCCAAACGGAGGGAGAGAUCCCCAACAGUAAUGUCCAAAGGUCAGACCGGUGCUGGGGGCAGCGGGCCCGGUCCGAGUGGCGCCGUUGAAAGUGAUCUUCUUCAGAAGGCCGGUAAACCGAGGGAGAUUGCCCCUAGUUAUACUCCGGUUGUGGAUGAGGUUGCCCGUGAUGACGCUGCCGCUGCAUUGGAGCAGGUGGAGCUACUCGAGAAGUAUGUGGUGAGGAAGCUAAAGGAACUCACGCCGAGCCUAAGCAAAGGAGUAUCAGACACACACAUCUCAUCACCCCCAAUAGGUUCCACUUCCACUCAGCCUCCUGAACGGCCUUCCGGGGAGAGCCACGUCCCCCGCGGUGCUGACCGUUCCGCUUCCGAGAAGGUUGCAGUGGACCAGGCUGCUCGAGAAGAUACCUCUCGCUUAUUUGAACUUGUACAUGACCUAGAGGAUGAUUGGGGGAAGCGGUGGGCUUCGUUGGAAGAGCGCCUUCGUAUCAUUGGGCGCGCAGCCGUGAACAAAGGCUCAGUUAACGCGGCCGCACCCGGUACGAUCGACAGAAGAGCGCGGGAGGACGCUUCCAUAUCACUCAUGAGAGUUCAGCAGUUGGAACGAGAAAUUUCUAGCUUCCGAAGACUUCUCAUGAAACGAAACGGGGCACCCAUGGAAGUUGGAUUGUUUGAAGGCCGUAUGCAAAGCGGUGGCGCAUCCAAGUUAGUAGUCGAUGCGCGGGACCAGAAGGAACCAAAUGACAAUGGUUGCGCUGGUCUGGGGGCUGUCUUAGAGGGUGCAGAUUCCCAGUCACGCGUCCUUGCCCUAGAAAAGGAGGUAGAAUCACGGAUGGAGGAAGUUAACCGAGCGCUUGCCACCCUACGUACAGCGCAAGUUGGUCAAGACUUUCCCGAUCUUAGCUUUCUGGGAGAUGACACAGGAACAAGAAAGUCUACAGCGCCGAGCCAAAUAGUAAUCAGCACCCGGGAGAUGGAUCUUGCUGCGGCCGGAAAUUUUCGGCGCCCGACCCCUGAUACGAAGACGUACGCGGCAAUGCUUGUCAUGUCGUCUUACGACCCUGCACAACCGUUUCAUGGCAGUUACUCAAACUACGAUCAGGGGAACCCUAUCGUGCUUCGCCCGCCUCAGAUGGAGACGUUUGCAACACCACUAGUCAGGCGUGAGCCGCAGGAUAAUCUUACACCCCGGACACGCGGCGAAGCCGGGGUAGCAGUUGGUACACCUCAACAUGAAAAAUCACCCGUGAACAAGGCAGCGACUCAGAGCGGUGAGGCGGGCCUAUCACCUUCAGGAACGGGUAGCUGUCCCAUUAGGAUGUCUGGACCAGCGCCGCACCCACCCGACGGGUCUGCAAUCUGCCCCGUUGCUCCGCACAAACAGAGUGUGAUGCAGCACUUGGGUGAUAUGAGGUCUGUAUCUUCUAGAGUGCGCGGGAGGGAGUCCACUAGGAUGGGGUCGCAGAACAUCUUAGGACGAGAAACUGUGCUAGGGACGAAGGGUAGGGCAGGAUUAGGUCUUGUUGCAGAAUCAAGUGCUUUGGGGCACCGGACGCCGUGUGUUGUUCCUAAUUGCGCGUGGUGCGCAGUUCAAAAUGUAAAGGCAACAGUAAAAACGGCACGCUGA